AAAAAAAAAAAUAAAAAAAAUGAUAAAGAAAUUUUUGUUUUUUUAAAUUUUAUAAAAAAAAUUAAUAUAAAAUAACUGAACAAUAAAUUUCUGGACAACAAGUUUUUACUCUCACUCUGUGGAUUAGAGAGUCAAAAACCAGUUAACUUUUCUACAACACUUUGUACUUGCAUAUUUAUAUUCAGUGUUAUAUUUUUUGUGCAUUUGUCUAUAGAGUUAGCAGAGUUGCCAACGCUUAUUCUGCCUGUUUUUUUUUCGUGAAAUUCAUUGUGUGUUGUGUGGUUAGAAAACCGUAAAAAGCUUCAAGGUGGAUUUAACCAAUUAUAAUAAAAUGCUGCAAUCCAGCAAUCAAUAUUUAAGGCCGGACUAUUUAGCGGCACCAAAUGCGCUUGAUACAAAAAGCAGUCCUUUGGCCCUUUUGGCUCAAACCUGCAGUGCAAUUGGUGCCGACACAACAAAUCCCAAACUCUUAGCCGCCAAUAUUGAAAAAGCUACAAAAGCACAUAAAUCGUCGAUGUCUCUUGAUAAUCGUGAUAAAUUAUCACCGCUUAGUAAUCACUCAUCAGUUUCAACCGGCUCUGUCGAACAACAGCAAAUCAAGUCUAGCUUUAAGCCCUACGAAUCGAAUAACAAUCACAUACGUCUGGAAAUGACAACGACAGGAGCGGCAUCAACAGGUGUCAUUGAAGCAGAACAGGCCACUAAUCUAAGUCAAUCCAGCAGUAGUCAUAGAGUGAAAACACCAAAAACUAGCAAUAAUAGUACGAAUGGUGGAGGAGGCAGUUUUGCUAGUCUACAUCAAAAUGGUCAGACACGCUGUGAUUCAAACCAAAGUGCCACGUCCCAAAGAGAAUCACCGGCUAUGAUUAACGGCAAUUUGCGUAGAACACCCUCCUCUUUGAACGGAGGUGAUUUGGGUCAGCGAACGGCCACAAAUAGUCCAGCUAAUCAACAACGAUCGACUUCCAAAGACGGUACACGCAACGGAAUUGUAAAUACGACAGCAUCGGUCGUCGACAGUAGUAUUAGUCCACAACAAGUACACAAUAAUUCUACACGGUUGCCCUCCACCGCAGACGCAGCAGCUUUGGCGGCAGCUUCUAAGGAAGCCAACUACGCUAAAGUCUUACAUGCUGCCUCUUCAGCUAAUUCGCAGGUUAAUAGCAAUGCUGCUUACUAUCAGAGUUAUGCGGCAGCGACUGGUGGCAUGGCUUACCCAAUGGAAUUGAUGGCAGCCAGUGCUUUAAUGUCUCCCCACCAUCCUAUGUUUAAGGCGGCGGCUUUAAAUCCCUACUUGAAUUAUGCUCGGCUAAAGGGUCUUGAGAUGAGCCCGAACAUAUGCCGUGAUCCGUAUUGCACGGGAUGCCCCGCUAAUCCGCAUUUCUUAAAUAAGGCCGCCGGUCAGCCAUGUCCAGCAGGUUGUCCGCAAUGUGAUAGAGAAUCGCUAAACAAAUCUGGAGUAGCUAGCAGCAGUAGUUCCAAUGCCGCAGCCGCAGCUGUGGCCGCCUCGUCAUAUCAUGCCCAGUUGGCUGCUUUGGCAGCCGCCUCGCAAAUGCCUUAUGUUUGCUCUUGGAUAGGCGGCGAUACACCUUAUUGCGGUAAACGUUUCUCUACUUCCGAUGAACUAUUUCAACAUUUACGUACGCACACCGCUUCUCUGCCUGAUUCAGUGCUCAGUGCUGCGGCCGCAGGUGGUAUACCACCCAAUCAUCCGCUCUUUUCACGUACAUAUCCAACGCCGCCUCUAAGUCCGUUAUCGGCUGCUCGCUACCAUCCCUAUGGCAAACCGUCCAUGUUGCCUCCAUCAUUGGCUCCCUCUGCCGCUUCUCUCGCCAGCUUGCAAAUGCCUCCUCAUCCCGCCUUGGCUCAAUAUUUCUCACCCUAUGCUCUCUAUGGACCACGCAUGGGCUCUUCGCAUCCGUAGUAAUUAAAUUAAAUUAAAAUAGCAAAACAAGAAAAUUAAAAAAAAAAAAAAAAAAAAAGAAGAUUUUAUUCAAUUUAAAAAAGAAGCUAUUUUUCAGUCAAUUUUCAAAUUCAAAAACAAAACUUGUUUUCCUCCGGAAACUAAAAAGCUAGUGAUGUUAAAUGUAAGAAAAUUUUAUCCUUAUAAUAAUAAAAAAAAAAAAACAUAUAUUUUAUUCAAUCGUAUUUCUUUUAAAGAAACUUUUCAAAACAAUAGACGCAUACACCCAGAGGCACCCUCUUAAAUGUCCAAAUACGAAUAUGUUAUUAUAUGAAUUGUAAUGUGAAUGUGAAGAGAAAUGUUUCCAAAUAUUAUCUUUAGAACAAAAAAAAAAAAA